AUGCACUCUAUCGGGAAGUGUUUCGAUUUUAUAAAAAACCUAAGCAAAAUCUAUUGAAAAAGUGCCUUAGUUAUGAUACCGUAUCAUUUUCAAAUUUACGCGAGUGUGUCAUUCUUUUUCCUUUGUAAAAUUAUUUGUUACCUUUCAAGCUUUAUAUCAAUGUUCGAUAAGAAACUUCCGACAUUGAUGAGUGACUCCGGAAAGGAAGAGACCGACGAAGAUGUGUGCAAAUGGAUACCAAAGAAAAAGCACGAGGUCCUGAAGGCCAAGUACAAAUGUCUCAAGAAGUUGUUCCAAAUAUAUGAUGCGAGUGUGAUCGGCAUUCUGCCUGAGCCGUACGGCGCAGAGAGGCGCGAGGAGCGGCGGCACUCGCGGCGGCGGCGCUCGCACCGCACUAAGACGGACGCGUGCGCCGGCACCGCGGAUCCCGUUACGCAGGCGCCCGCUCCCGUCCUGUCGCCCGCCGAGCGCAGCUCCCUCACCACGGCCGUCGUCCGCGACCUCAAGCUGCAGUACACCUCCACCUCCACGCAGGAGUCCCUCGUGUGCCGCGACAAGUACACACAAGAUUGCAAAGACAUCCUCUCCGUUACCACCAGCGAAAAGGAGUGCGAGUGCACUCAGACUUCGGAAAUUCUGCACGCGACACCGUUCGUGAUAAUGAAGGACUCGCAACCGAAGCCGACGCGUUUUCAGCUAUUCCUCCAACGAAUACUCGGCAUAAGACGAGAGAAGUCCAACAACGGUCUGCCCUCCCCCCACAUGUACGCGGCGAGCGACAACAACAUCACCAAUCGCUACGAGAAGCGCCGUCGACGGGGGAUGCGAUUUCGUCGGCUUCGGGGCGCGAAGAAAGUGUACUCGGAGUCCGCGUUGAGAGAGCGGCAGAGCCCCGUCAUCCUGAGCUACGUGCAGUCCGUGCAGAGGAACUGCUUGAUGGACACCACGCCGCGGCAGUGCCCCUUCAUGGGGUGCAGGAUGAUUUUUUACGGUAUUAUUAACUACAACGACCACAUAAACCUUUGCCACUUCACCGACCGCAAGUUCUCCUGUCACUACUGCCACGAGGGAUUUCUUAAAGAGCGCGACAAAUUGUUACACGAAAAUGAACAUAUUGGCAUAUCUAAACUGAGCACAAAUCUAACAUCUACAAUAUCUGGGCUUCACUCGAAAGUGGCCAACGUGACGCAGACUGAUCCCGAACCGAAGCAGAUCAACGAAGAGAAGUUAAAGAAGAUUGUCUCAUUUUUUGACAAGAUCGAGGAUCCGGAGGAAAUAAUUGCUGAACUAAAAAAGAGUCGUCACUCCACUUCGAGUGUAAACCUCACACACCACUCGUCCAAAGUGGACACCGUGGCCUCUGGGGCCAGCAAGUCCACCUCCAACUCGCGAAGGUCGAGCUGUGUCCACCUUCAGAAGGCAGACAGGAAGUCCAGCUCGUCCGUGGAGUCGGACACAUCGUCAGUGCACACGUCAGGGUCGUCACUCAGAUGUCAAAUUUGUGGACAAAAGUUUGAUGACAUACAGCAUUUAAAUAUGCACGUAAACGCCGAGCAUCGAAGUGGUAGCAGGUGUUCCGGGCAAGGCCGGAGCGAGCGACCGCCGAGCCCGCCACACUACCACGAUAACUCGGACUACGAGGAGCCCCCCUCUGUGCUCGCUAACAGGAGCUAUUCGACUUUACAUCACGUCAACACAUCGUCUACUUUAACACGCUUCACCUCCGAAGAGAAGUCGGCCAUGAGCUACGAUCCCUCCACCAACAUUAUUUAUUAUUCUUCAUCAGAGUCAGUGAAGAAUCCGUCGGUGAUGGGCGAGACGGUGAAGCGAGGCCGCGCCGGCUUCAACAGUUACAAGUGGGAACCCGGGACCGAUUCUAUUCACGCCUGA